GAAUCUAUCUAUACACAAGCAGAAAACCCCAAACACAUACACACACUGAAGGAGAAACCACACGCACUGACGCUCAGCGCAUGUUCUCACUCUCACUGAACACCAAUCAAACCAAGGGCUUCUUCUUGGAUCGGGACGCCAUGGCCUUGCCGAACAUCGGCCUAUUUUCGUCUCCGGCGGAAGACCCCAAUAAGAAAAUCAGAAAACCGUACACCAUUACCAAGUCACGUGAGAGCUGGACCGAACCUGAGCACGACAAGUUCCUUGAAGCCCUCCAGCUCUUUGAUCGUGAUUGGAAGAAGAUUGAAGCAUUCAUCGGAUCGAAAACAGUUAUUCAGAUACGUAGCCACGCACAAAAGUAUUUUCUGAAAGUUCAAAAGAGUGGAACCAAUGAACAUCUUCCUCCACCUCGGCCAAAAAGAAAAGCUGCUCAUCCAUAUCCACAGAAAGCUUCUAAAAUUGUUCCUGUUCGUUCACAAGAGAGACCAUCAUUCCAAGACUCUGCUGCUGUUCCUGAUAAUGGAUUUGCAAGGAGGCCUGUUCCUUCUGCAAUAAUAAGAAAUGAAUCUGCUGCAUCUAUACCUGGCUGGACAGAGAAACCUUUGCAGAAAACCAAUUUUUUGCAUGCAGUUGGAGUUGAUGCCAGAUAUGCCGGACAGACAAUGCCCUAUAUUUGUGGUAGCAAUGACAGCACAACAAAGACAAGACCCACAGUUCUCCCUGAUUUUGGUCAAGUGUACAGUUUCAUAGGCAGUGUCUUCGAUCCAAAUGUUACUGGCCAUUUACAGAAAUUGAAGAAGAUGGACCCAAUUGAUAUUGAGACAGUGCUAUUGUUGAUGAGAAAUCUCUCGAUCAAUUUGGCUAGUCGUGAUUUUGAGCAUCAUGUAAGCACAAAUUACCUGGGCAUUAAAGUAUUCAUUCAGGGGCUAGUUUUUGGUUUGUCUAUGCUUGCCUGUGCAUCCCCUGCCUAUUAUUUGCUCAAUUAGAAGGGUGCUUUCAUCAUAUGAGAUUGACCGUGAGAUGGGUGAUGCCUUUGAUGUAACUGAUUCUAUCCUUUGUUGCGAAUCUGAGGGUGCAGGCUAACUUUGUGCCUUGGUACUCUCUCUCUCUCUCUCUCUCUCUCAAUCGUCCUAGGAUUAGUUAUAUCAUCAAUGAGAUCGUUACUUGAUGAAUGAUACUAGCUGGUCUGAAGUUGAAUUGGAUGCCUACUUUGUUAAUGGCAGGCUCUGGGCAAACUUUUGAUGUGUUUCGAGAGUUGCCAAUUCCUAUAAUUGUAAGUAUCGUUCUUGUGUCUAAGCAGUUAGUGGGGCCUUGUACAUACGGGCAAAUGAAAUAAAAUGAGGGGUAUUUGCGGCGAUGUAAAUUGUGAACAUGUUUGUCUGUAAAUGCAAAAUUUUGAUCCCAUUGUGCAGCUUCUGUAGAUGAUGUAAAUUUUUUGCUUCUCGAUUGUUUUACAAAAUUAGAUGACGCAGUCAAAUAAUGUUGAAUAAAGAUGCAGUAGUAUUUUCCUUGA